GGAGGGUUCUGCGUCCACUCGGCUUGUGGUAGUGAAGCUGGCCGCGGCGACAGCGGAGCACGAGGGGCGGGGCGCGGGGGGCAGGAGAGACGCUGCAGAGCGGGGAGACCGGCUGAGCUUCAUGGAGGGCUCAGGAGAGCUGUCGGGCCCACAGCCACCGCAUCCUGGGGACCACCGCAUCCGCGACGGCGACUUCGUGGUGCUGAAACGGGAAGAUGUGUUUAAAGCAGUGCAAGUCCAGCGGAGAAAAAAAGUAACUUUUGAAAAACAGUGGUUCUAUCUGGAUAACGUCAUUGGCCAUAGUUAUGGGACCACAUUUGAAGUGACCAAUGGAGGAAGUCUUCAGCCUAAGAAGAAGAAGGAAGAGCCUACUUCAGAGACCAAAGAAGCAGGCACUGAUAAUCGAAAUAUAAUUGAUGAUGGGAAAUCUCAGAAACUUACUCAAGAUGACAUAAAAGCUUUAAAGGACAAAGGCAUUAAAGGAGAGGAAAUAGUUCAGCAGCUAAUUGAAAAUAGUACAACAUUCCGGGACAAGACAGAAUUUGCUCAAGAUAAAUAUAUAAAAAAGAAGAAAAAGAAGUAUGAAGCCAUCGUUACUGUUGUGAAGCCAUCCACCCGCAUUCUUUCAAUUAUGUAUUAUGCAAGAGAACCUGGAAAAAUUAACCACAUGAGAUAUGAUACACUAGCCCAGAUGUUGACGUUGGGAAAUGUCCGUGCUGGCAAUAAAAUGAUCGUAAUGGAAACCUGUGCAGGCUUGGUGCUGGGUGCAAUGAUGGAACGGAUGGGAGGUUUUGGUUCCAUUAUUCAGCUGUACCCUGGAGGUGGACCUGUUCGGGCAGCAACAGCAUGUUUUGGAUUUCCCAAAUCUUUCCUCAGUGGUCUUUAUGAUUUCCCACUCAACAAAGUGGACAGUCUCCUAAAUGGAACAUUUUCUGCGGAGAUGCUAUCUUCAGAGCCUAAAGACAGUGCUUCAGUUGAAGAAAGUAAUGGCACCCUGGAGGAAAAACAGACUUCGGAACAGGAGAAUGAAGACAGCGUGGCAGAAGCCCAAGAGAGCCAUCAUCCACCAGAACAGGAAACAAUGGAAAUCGUCUCUCAAGAUCCAGAAUAUAAGGAGCCUAAAGAGAGAGGAAGCAAAAAGGAUUAUAUUCAGGAAAAGCAAAGGAGACAAGAAGAGCAAAGGAAAAGACAUUUGGAGGCUGCUGCUCUGCUGAGUGAAAGAAACUCAGAUGGUUUAAUUGUAGCUAGUCGUUUCCAUCCCACUCCACUCCUGCUGUCUUUGCUGGACUUCGUGGCCCCUUCAAGGCCGUUUGUGGUCUACUGUCAGUAUAAAGAGCCUCUGUUGGAAUGCUACACAAAACUACGGGAAAGAGGAGGGGUCAUCAACCUCAGGCUGUCUGAAACCUGGCUCAGGAAUUACCAGGUUUUGCCAGAUCGAAGUCAUCCCAAACUACUGAUGAGCGGAGGUGGGGGGUACCUUCUCUCAGGCUUCACUGUUGCCAUGGAUAACCUUAAAGCAGACCCCAGUCUCAAAUCCAACGCAGGCACUUUAGAAUCACACACGACUGAAGAACCAGCAGCUAAAAAACGGAAAUGCCCAGAGUCUGACUCUUAACCUUUCAAAAAUUGCUCUGAUUUUUGUCCUCAGGCGUUACACAGUUUAGUAAUUAAACUUUAAAUGCCAUUACUAAUUGUUUUCUCAUCUAAAAGUAAGUCUAUACACUUGUUCCUGGGAAGGACGAGUCAGCCUUUUGUCCACCUCUGGCACGGAUAUAUUUGGUCUCUCAGAACAUCGAGCCAAAAUACCCAAGCCUGGUAUAUGUGGGCAAUUCUGUUUAUUUCACAAAAAUCCUUUAAGUACUUUUAGUACUCUGUGAAAAUAUCGUGAGAAUUUAGACAUCCUGAAAAUAUAUUUAUACAAGACUUUGUUUAUAUGUUAAGCUAAGUGGAAUAACGCAACUUACCUAAAACUUGGGUACUGAAAGAAAGAAUCUGUGGAAGAAAUUUCUUGUGUUCAUUCCACUCUCUUCAACCUAAGCAAUAUGGAUGUGUGAGGGUAUGAGAUUUACAGUACCAAAAAUAUCCUCCUUGUUCCCUCUAGUCUAAUAAACUUUGUUAAAACACUAGAUUUUUUUAUUUUAAUAGUUGACAACUUAGGAAAGUUCUGAGUAUUUAUUGUACUGCUUUUUUGGUCAAUACACAAAGGUGUAGUAGGGUACUUUUUUGCGUUAAUUUGCCCGUCUCCUCAUUCUUUGUUGCAGGUGUGAAGUGACUAGAAUUUUUGUGUUCUAUUAAAUUAAAGGAAACAGCAAAGGUUUUUUUUCCCCUACCCAGAGACUUAUGAAGAUAAACACACAUACAGGUUUAUGGUUGUUGGUAUAUACACACAUAUAUAUAUUUAUAUAUACGUAUGGAAACAAAGCGAAUGCACUAUUUAUAUGAUCUAUGACAAAGUUUAGUGCAGGGCUUAGACCAGUUCUCAUUGCAUUAGUGUCACUCCUUGUCAAAUGUAUUUUAAAGUGCCUUUUUUGGUGAUUAUUAAUGCUGUUUGUUGAGCUCUGGCAUGAUUAGGUGGUUAGCCUUCCUAAGCUCUGAAAACAUAUAAUCAAAUUUGGUCAUCUACUGCAGCCAAGGAAAGUAUUUAGAGUAAGCCAUGGCUCUUGUCUUGCUCAGUAAACAUGCUCAUAGUGUGUAUUGUUCACAUCGUUAUAGCGUAGAUGCUGAUCAUCCAGCAGGGAGCAUCUCAGAAAAAAAGAAAUUACAUUUUCCUAAUAGCAUGUACUAUCCUGAUAAUGAUCAGUGUGAUUACCAAGAAGUACAGUUUUGAUUCCUUUUUCUUAAAACAGUUGCUUUUAAAGAAUAAAAGUGUUUCCUAUUAUUUGUCUGAUUUACAUUAAUGAUGGGGUCAGUGACGCCACAUUCACUGGCUUUCAGCUGAUUGCGACACGUGAUCUGUAUAAGGCAAUUGGCCCAAACUGACACCUCACUGGACAUGUCCUUGCAAACAGUCGUCACCCACAUACAACCAGUCACGUUUUGUCAAGGAGAACUGCACAGACUGGAUUCAGUAGUGGCUCGUCUCCACUGGUUGCUGUUGUUUGAAUCCUCUCCUCCUUGGGAUUCAUCCAGUUUUCAAGGCCCACCUCAUUUCAUUCAUUCUGGAAGUCUGCACUGCCAAAGCAUUGUGUGCCCAUGUAGCCGACCCUGGACUUGACUUGUGAACUCAUCUCAUGUACCAGCAGCAGAAGUUAACCUUAACCUGUGCUAUUUUUCCUCUUGCAUAUAAUUUACUUCAUCUUUAAGGACUGAUGUUUAAUUCAAUAACUUGAGAACUUAGUGUGUGCCAGAAUUCCCUGGAGGGCUUAUUAAGCCCAGAUUGUUUAACACCUCAAAGUUUCUGAUUCAGUAGGUCUGGGGUGGGACAGAAGAUUUGCAUUUCUAGGAAGUUUCCAGGUGAUGCUGCUGGCCCAGGGACCACUGCUUGAGAAACACUCUUGUGUGUGCACCCACAUCAAGAGCGCAGCAAAAUACAUGAUGCUUUUGUCUUGUUUGUAAAGUGGACAAUUCUAUGACUUCUGGACAUCUAGCCACCAGGAGAGUUAUGUGAAGUAACACUUUAAUGAGUAGUAAUCAAAAAGACAAAAGUCAUUUUGUGAUGUCCACUGUAUUUCUUCACUGGAUUAGGGUACUUGGAAAUACACCGUGGUGCCAAUUAGAUGAUUUUUUAGCUUAGAGGCACACUAAAAUUGUGUGAAGCAUAUCUCCCCCUCCAGCUUUAUUGAAUUAUAAUUGACAUGUAACAUUGUGUAAAUUGGAGCACCUGGGUGGCUCAGUUGGUUGAGCAUCUGACUCUUGGUUUUGGCUCAGGUCCUGAGAUCGAGCCCUACGUCAGGCUCUGCGCUCAGCUGGGAGUCUGCUUGAGAUUCUCUCCUUCUCCCUCUGCCCCUGUCCCCACCCCCGCUCAUGUGUGCGCUCUCUCUCUCCCUCUCUAAAAUAAAUCUUAAAAAAAUAUAUAUUGUGUAAGUUUAAGGCAUAUAACUUAUUUGAUACACUUAAAUAUUGCAAAGUGAUUACCACCAUAGCCUUAGCUAACACUUCCAUCCCAUCACAUAAUUACCAUUUGUUUGUGCUGAGAAUGUUUAAGAUCUGUACUAGCAACUUUCAGUAUAUAAUGCACUAUUGUUAACUAUAGUCACUAUGCUGUAUAUUAGAUCUCCAGAACUUACUCAUCUUAUAACUGGAAGUUUAUACCCUUUGAUCAAAUCUCCUCAGUAGCCACCCCCCCCCCCCGCCCCCAGCCUCUGGCAACCACCAUUUUACUCUGUUUUUACGAGUUUGGUUUUUUAGAUUCCACAUUCAAGUAACAUACAUUAUUUGUCUUUCUCUGUCCGGCUUAUUUCACAUAGCACAAUGCCCUCAAGGUAUCCAAGUUGUCACAAAUGGCAGGAUUUCCUUCUCAUGGCUGAAUAAUGUUCCAUUGUGUAUAGAUACCACAUCUUUAUCCAUUCAUUCAUUGACAGACAAUUAGGUUGUUUCCCUAUCUUGCCGAUUGUGAAUAAUGCUACAGUAAACAUGGGCGUACAGAUACCUCUUCAAGAUACUGAUUUUGUUUCCUUCAGAUAUAUAUCCAUAUACAAAAGGUCUAUAUGCUUACACUCCCUUCUUGUGUUUUAUGAUUUUGAUUGCACAAUUUAUUUUUUCAUACUGUGUAUCCAUUAACAAAUUAUUGUAUUUACAGUUAUUUUUAAUCCUUUUGUCUUUUAACUUUUGUACUGGAAUUGUAAGUGAUUAACCCACCACCAUUACAAUAUUCUGAAUUUAUAUAUCAGUGAGUUUUAUACUGUUUUCAAUGAGCUGAUUAGUAGCUUCCAUUUUAGCUUAAUGAACUCCCUUUAACAUUUCAAGGCAAGCUAGUCUAGUGGUGAUGAACUUCAGCUUUUUGUCUGGAAAACUCUCCAUUUCUGAAGGACAACUUAGAGUAUUCUUUUUUUUAAUUUAUUUUAUUAUUAUUAUUUAUUAACAUAUAAUAUUUGUUUCUGGGGUACAGGUCUGUAAUUCAUCAGUCUUACACAAUUCACAGCACUCACCCUAGCACAUACCCUCCCCAAUGUCCAUCACCCAGCCACCCCAUCCCUCCCACCCCCUCCACUCCAGCAACCCUGUUUGUUUCCUGAGAUUAAGAGUCUCUCAUGGUUUGUCUCCCUCUCUGGUUUCGUCUUGUUUCAUUUUCCCCUCCCUUCCCCUAUGAUCGUCUGUCUUGUUUCUCAAAUUCCACGUAUCAGUGAGUUCAUAUGAUAAUUGUCUUUCUCUGAUUGACUUACUUCAUUUAGCAUAAUACCCAACAUAGAGUAUUCUUGAGUAGAGUAUUCUUGAUUAGCAGUUUUUUGGCUUUUUUCAGCACUUUGAAUAUAUCAUCCCAUUUCCUUCUGACAAGGAGAAUUUCUGCUAAAAAAUUCACUAGUAGUCAUAUAGGGGUUCCUUUGUAGGUAACAAGUUGCUUUUCUCUGGCUCCUUUUAAGAGUCUCCUUAUCCUUAAUUUUUAACAAUUUAAUUAUAAUGUGUCUCGGUGUAGCUUCAUCUUAUUUGGUACUCGUUGGGUUUCUUGGAUCUGGAUGUCUGUUUCUUUCUCCAGGUUAAGGAAGUUUUUAGCCAUUAUUUCUUUAAAUAACUUUUUUGCCACUUUCUCUUUCAUUCUGGGACCCAGAUAAUGCAUAUGUUUGUCCACUUAAUGGUCUCAUAAGUCCCUUCAUCUUCACUCUUUUUCGUUUUUUAAAUGUUUUGCACCUCUGAUUGGAUGAAUUCCACUGCCCAGUCUUUGAGUUCAUUGAUCCUUUCUUCUCUUUGAUCUAUCUGCUGUUAAACCCCUAUAUUGAAUAUUUUAGUUCACUUAUUGUAUUAUUUAGCUCCAUGAUUUCUUUGUGGUACUUACUUAUAUUUUCUGUCUUUUGAAAUUCUCACUUUGUUCAUGACCUGACCAUGGUGAGCAUUUUUAUGACCAUCAUUUUGAAUUCUCUGUAAGAUAAAUCACUUAUCUCUCUUUCUUUAAGAUCUGUUUCUGGACAUUUGUUCUUUUGUUUGGAACACAUUCCUCUGUUUCUUUAUUUUUUCUUUACUCUCUAUGUUGGUGCUUACAUACUAGAUAUGACAGCAAUCUCUUCCAAUCUUGACAAAUUGGUCUUGUGUAGGAGAUAAGCCUCGCCAGUCAGCUCAGUUUGAGCUCCUGUUUGUCAAACCUUUAUGAUUGUUGGGGCGCUUGGGUGGCUCAGUUGGUUAAGCAUCCAACUCUUGAUUUCAGCUCAGGUCAUUAUCUCAGGGUUGUAAGAUAGAGCCUUGCAUCGGGCUCUGCACUGGGCAUGGAGCCUACUUAAGAUUCUCUCUCUCCCUCUGCCCCUCCCCCCCAAGAAAAAACCUUUGUGAUCAUCUAAACCACCAUCUUUGUUCUUAGUGAUCCCAGUAAUUGAGGGUGUGCCAAGACCUGCAAAUACCCCAAAGGGGAGAAUUAUUGUCAGCACCUAGAAGCAGGCUGAUUAGCAGCCAGGUGGUGUAUCUAAUAUCUGUAUUUGAAAUAUAUUGUUGCCUCUAGGCUAGUGUUAAUUUUUGCAAAAUAGAUUACAGGUUUUUCUUGAACUUAAGUAGCACAGGUCAGAUGACAAGAAAUGUGAGUCCCUGAAUAGCUACUGAAAGAGUAACUGAUAAGCUAUUAACUACUCCCAUCAACAUUUACUAGACACCCUCUGCUUUUUGAUCCUUUAUGGAGAAGAAUCAAAUCUUUGAAGUAUAGGAAAUUAAUAUGUACUCUCUUCCCACCUCCCAUUCUCCCCUCCUCCCUUUUUUUUUUUUUUUUGGCCUCUUACAUAGUUCCAUUAAUAACCUGGAGUUGAAUAUUUGUGGCAUAGACCAUG